AUGACUUUUCACCUUCACCAAGCGCUCCUUCCCAGCACCAGUCACAGCAAGCAUCCUCUGUGUCGGCAGCGGAAAGCUCUGACCUGGCCUCGCUACGGGAAGAAGUGCGCCGCAUCGCAGACAUACUCGAGCGAUCCGGACCCCGCGACCGCACUUCCUCAGGCCCGGACCGUUCUACUCAACGUCGCCGUGCCGCACGUUCCCCGACUCCUCCCACUUCGCCGCCAACGCGCCGACGCCACCUUUGUUGGUCCCCCCGCCGUUUCGGUCACACAGAGCUCGGCGAUGCGAAUCUCCGUGUGCAUGGCAGGGAAACUACGCCGGGGGUUACUAGCGGCGACCGGAAGCCCCCACCACAUACGGCAAGGUCGCCUUUUCUUCAUCAAGAAUCGGUGCGGCAAGCACAAUUUCCUUGUCGACACCGGAGCGGAGGUCAGCGUCCUUCCGGCCUCACCAUCCGACAGAAGCAGAACGCCCAUAAUAUAUCUCACAGCAGUAAACGGCUCCAGAAUUCCAGUUUACUACCGUCGUGCAUUGUCUCUCGACUUCGGAUUACGCAGGACAUUUCACUGGGUGUUUCUCGUUGCUGACACUCGGCACUGUAUCCUAGGCAGCGAUUUCCUAGGGCGCUACCAAAUUUGGUUGAUGUCGCUGGGCAAAGGCUGGUGGACCACCUUAACUCGCGUCACGGUCAACGGCGUAAGCACGCGGGCUACAUCUGUCGGCCUCGCGAUCACUCUUCCGCAGAACAAUGUUUUUGCCGAUCUUUUACGACAGUUUCCAUCCUUGACGGCCCCGUGUCACUGGACGAAGCCCGUCAAGCACCCUGUCGCCCACCACAUCGUAACAAGUGGCCAACCAGUAUUCGCAAAAGCUCGUCGCCUAAGCCCCGAAAAACUUGUUAUUGCGCGACAAGAGUUCGACCACAUGCUCGCUGUCGGCAUCAUUCGUCCAUCAUCUAGUAGCUGGUCUUCGCCCCUUCACAUGGUUCCCAAAAAGACCGGUGACUGGCGGCCCUGUGGAGACUAUCGCGCGUUAAAUUUGGCUACGGUUCCGGACCGCUGCCCCUUGCCCAACAUCUCUGAUUUCACCACGGGUCUUUCAGGUGCAACGAUGUUUUCGAAGAUAGAUUUAAUGAAAGCUUACCAUCAGAUACCAAUGGCCGAGGAAGACAUUCUCAAACCCGCAAUAGUCACCCCCUUCGGCCUCUUUGAGUUUCUCCGAAUGCCGUUCGGCCUCCAGAAUGCUGCCCAAUCUUUUCAGCGGUUCAUUGACAAUAUCACUCGCGGGCUACUUUUCGUAUUCGCCUACCUCGACGACUUGCUAGUGGCCAGUGCUUCACCCGAAGAACACCUUCAACAUUUACGAACUUAA